GCGGCGAAGAGCGAUCCCCAUUCCAGUGUCAGCAGCUGCUAGCUACUCCUCCUCUGUAGCACGAUCAUCCUCCUCUGCUACGUCAACGACGAUCAAAUGGCCGCACGCCUCGCGCUGGUGGUGGCGCUCCUGUGCGCAGGUGCCGCGGCCGCCGCGGCGCAGCAGGCGAGCAACGUCCGGGCGACCUACCACUACUACCGCCCGGCUCAGAACGGCUGGGACCUGGGCGCCCCUGCCGUGAGCGCCUACUGCUCCACCUGGGACGCCGGCAAGCCGUUCUCGUGGCGGUCCAAGUACGGCUGGACGGCGUUCUGCGGCCCCGCGGGCCCCCGCGGCCAGGCGUCGUGCGGGCGGUGCAUCCGGGUGACCAACACGGGCACGGGGGCGCAGAUCACAGCGAGGAUCGUGGACCAGUGCGCCAACGGCGGGCUGGACCUCGACUGGGACACGGUGUUCGUCAAGAUCGACACCGACGGCAUGGGGUACCAGAGGGGCCACCUCAUCGUCAACUACCAGUUCGUCGACUGCGUCGACAACCACAUCAACUUCCAUGGAAAGAACGAGACGCUCCCAGCCAGCAUUCAUGCUGUUGAGUAAUUAAAAGCUACUGUACGUAGUAGCACAUGCAUGAUGCUCAGAUGCCGCAUUGUUGCGCUGUACGCACACAUGUAUGCAUGCAUGGCACGGAUCAAGUGGAAUAAAUCAAACGGGAAGUGGAAUAAAUUUCAUGUAUGGAUCGUAUGAUUGUAACAGCGGGAAGUGGAAUAAAUUUCAGAAGUUGGCAGAAAUCAAGUGCGUGAAGUAGCAGCUGAAACAACCCUAAAGUUUGGGAGUUGUAUUAGCCUCAGCUCUCAGGUCAGUCCGGCUGCCGGCUUGGGUGGCCGCGGCGUUCUUCAACGAAGACGUCGAGCCCUUUGGAGAGCGUAUAUAUCCCGGCGGGGUUGCUGUCGUAUGGCUGCCGGUGGUACUCCGGAUCUUAACGGCGUGUAGCAAUCCGUGUGGCAAUGGCGAUAGUGACGAGGCACCCGAUGGACGUGACGUGUUGUUGACUGGCUCUUCCGUACAUUGUUUCACCAUGAUGACAGAUGAUGAACGUGUACCAUAGUUCUGUUGGU